UGACAAUACACCCGUGGUAUCAGAUGAAGAGGCCAAUGACGAGGACGAUGCAGCUCCCGAAAAUGCAGAACUUGUUUGGAGAGAAACAUACGAAGAACUUGACAUAGACCCCUUUAUUCAGAUCACUGGUCCAUCACACAAUCUGAACCCUAAUGCCAGUGAGCUUGAGUAUUUCAAGCUUUUCUUCGAUGAUCAUAUGCUUGAGAAAAUUGUGCGCCAAACAAAUCAAUAUGCAGCUCAAAAUGGCCCCGACCCACUCUGGAGUGAUACCACCCGGGAUGAGAUUUCGGCUUUUAUAGGUGCUUUUUUCAUAAGUUAAUAUUAUUCAAAAUAAUUAAAACUAUAUUCCACACCUUUCAGAGUUAAAAUUUACCAGAAAAUCCUGUUUGCCAGAUAUAUAUCUGGUUAAAUAUUUGCACAUACUAUGUACAUAAAAACACAGGCAAAAAUUCCAAAUUCACUUCAAUUUGCCAUCAUAAACCUUUGCAAAGUUGAAUAGACUUACCAUAAUUAAAGAAGAACAUAUACAUUCCAAAGAUAAUAAACUAGCGAAAUAUAAAAAUCAUUUACAUGCGGUUUUUAAUGCAAUUACACUAAAACAAAACGUCAACAUGUACACGUUAGAAAAACAAAACAAAAAUGUCAAGGACGUAAAAUGACGUCAAAAAAAUGUGUGUCACAUGACGGGCACCUGUCAAUACCAAAACAAAAUUCCUAAAAUAAGAAAGGUCACAUAGUGCGCAUUUUGUUUUAACUGUACAUUGUUGUACAUUGUUGUCACGGUAAAUAAAGAUCUGAAACAUUCUGAAAAGAAAAGUAAAUGCUGUAUUAUUAAUACGCAACAUGUACUUUAUUUGGUAAUUUAUGUUGAAACUGGAAUUAGUAUUUCACGUAUAUUUUUUCAGGGAUGCAGAUAUUAAUGGGAAUAAACCAGCUUCCUGAUUAUUCCUUUUACUGGUCCAAUAAUAAGUAUUUAGGGAAUCAGGGGUUUAAAGAAGUCAUGUCAGUAAAACGGUAUGAAAAGCUCAACCAAUAUAUCCAUUGUAAUGAUAUAGAAACUGAUGUCCCUGUAGACCAACCUGGGCACGAUAAGCUCCACAAGAUACGCCCUCUUAUUGAUUCAUCUCUCCAAAACUUCGCAGCACGAUACAACCCAAAUAAAAACCAAGCCAUUGAUGAAGCUAUGGUGGCUUAUAAAGGAAGAUCGGUAGCCAAACAGUAUAUACCAUCAAAACCCACCAAAUGGGGAUUCAAAGUGUGGAUGAGGUGCGAUAGUAAAUCUGGAUAUUGUCACAAGUUUGAUAUUUAUAUGGGAAAGGAGACGGCUGUUGAUAGUACAAAGGGUUUAGGACAUCGUGUUGUGGAGAAAUUGGCUGAAGAUCUACAUCAUAAAAACCAUCAUUUGUAUUUUGACAGUUACUUUACCUCAAUACCAUUAUUGCAAGAUCUGUUAAGCAAUGGAAUAUAUGGAUGUGGAACCAUUCGACAGAACAGAAAAGGCUUUCCACAAGAUUUAAAGAACGCCCCGAGGAUGCAAACUGGCCAGUUUGUAGGAAGACAAACAGACAAUAUGGUGGGCGUUGUUUGGAUGGACAAGAAACCAGUUAAUGUUGUGGCUUCCAAUGAGUCAUUGAUUGAGGUAGAUACAACAAACCGGAGACAGAAAGAUGGGACAAAUGCCCGCGUUACAAGGCCGCGCGUAGUUACAAAUUACCAGGAAAAUUUCAGAGGGGUUGACAUCUCUGAUCAAUUACGUGCAAAAUAUUCAAUUGGUAGGCCAUCUAAAAAAUGGUGGAAAUAUUUAAUGAAUUUCAUAAUAGAUCUUUGUAUUGUGAACUCAUUUAUUGUAAAGGCAGAAACAGAGGUUCCGCAAGUAGCCCGUACUAAAAAGAGGUAUAGGCAAUUGGACUUCAGGAUAAAUUUGUCAACACAACUUAUAGGGAAUUUCGCACGAUUGAGGACACCAGCACCACCAAUGAGACCGCGAGCAACACACGCUCAUUUGAAAUUGGGCCGCAAACGUUCCACAUGCAAACUUUGCACAAAAACAGGAGAGAAGAAGCGUAAAACAACACAAAUGGGAUGUGAAAAAUGUGAUAAACAUUUAUGUUCAGCUGAAUGUCACAACACAUUCCAUGUUAAUAUUGGUAUCGGAGUUGUCACGGAAGAAUAAUGAGUCAGAAUGAUUUGAAAUUAUAGAGCAAUUCAUGUUGUGCAUUUGAAAACACAUAUCAAACUUGCCAAAAUUUGUUAUAAAUACCAUUAACAUAUACUUCUUAUAGAAUUCAGAAAAAAGACAGAAUACAUGGGCUUAAUUUGGUGCUGCCAAAUUGUGUCAAUAAAUAUUUAAUGAGUAAUCUUUCUUCUCUACUCUGUGUUCAGACCUGACAUGCAUGGUGUUUAAUAAUCAAUGCUAUCGUAUUUUGGUAUAUAUGACUUUGUCGUCGUUCGUCUGUUAAGUUUUGGCUCCCGUAAUUUUUCUUUGAUUCAAAGUUAUUAUAAAUUAAUCAUCUUCUUCUUUAUAAGACAGUGCAUUAGCUCCAUUCUACAAGAGAACCAUUUGAUCUUGAUAGCUAUCAGUACACUAAAAUGAAUGUACAGUUGAUCAUCUUAAAUACAGGCUGAAAAAGAAAACAAAAUACAUACUUUAUAAAUGCCCGGUAACUAGGCCACUCUCUGUACCUCUGUGAUUGUCACUCCGUGAUGAUUGAUUCUGUACUUUAUUUAUAUGACUAUUAAACUUCACUACAUAUGAUACUUAUUAUUUACAAAAUUAAAUUUUGACUGGAAAAAAAUGGUACUUAUUACUUACAAAACUCAAAUUUGACUUAAAAAAAAAAUGUCCUAUUGAUAUUUUUCAAAACAAUAUUGCGUAGUAACCACACAACCGAUAUUUACCAAAUAAAAACCAUAAGAUGAAGAAAUGUUUAAUUUGGUUUUGUUCAUUUGGCCUUAAUUUUCGUGAGGAUCCUUUUCCUUUUUUGAUGAGGUAAACACAAUCAAAAAUAUUUACGAUUUAAUUUUGAUUAAAAUGCAUAGCAAAAUUUUCAAGAAAUGUUUUUCUUUGUGUUCAACUAUCAAAAACAAAAAAAUAAGCCUGAAUUAUAUCAUAUGGCCGAUUCCAAAUAAACAAUAAAAGUUUAAACAUUUCUACAUCUUGUGGUGUUUGUUUCAUAAAAAUCGAUCAUGUAGUUACUUCACAAUAUUUUUUGAAAAAAAAAUCGAUUUUAGAUGAAAUAACAGCAUUUUUUAAGUGAGAAUUCUUUUUUUUUGCUCCAAAAUUUGUGGAAUUCCUUUAAAUUUAUAAGUUGUCUGAUUCCAUGCAUUAAUCGCCAUUUCCGUUUGUUGAUUAUAUUAUAAGCAAAAGGUGCUCCAGACAGUGGAGGAAUGUAUUCACAAGAAAGAAAGCAGGACUUCCAUACAUACUUCUACGGCAUAAAUCAGUUAGGGGAUACACAAUAUUGAUUUGUCAAUGAAACAAUUUACAUCAACUUUGGUGCAAUUAAUAUUUGAUUAAACAAAAAUACACGAUUAAAUCCUUUGAUGGGUGGACAGCAUCAUUAUAAUAUGAAAAGGUACAGUUUCAAAUUAACAAAUCGAUAUUUAAGCAAAGCUUUAAUUGUCAGUUUCGGCCCAUACACACACAUUUACAUACGUGCUAGUGCAUUUCCAAGUGAACAACGUCGCGUAUUUAUGCUCUGCGGGAAAACGACUGUAACGUGACGUUACUGUUGCCUGGUA